CAGCUGCUCUGACACAUCCUGGCGUGACGAACACACACACCGAAAAGGCAGGAGGAAAGAAGGAGGAGGAGAAGAUAAGGAGGAGGAGGAGGGAGGAGGAGGAGAGGAGGAAGAGAGAGAGAGAAGAGGAGGACACAACUCUGUCAAAAGGACACCAGAGGACAGGAGAAGGAGAAGGAGGACAAGGAAGAGGAAAAGGGAAGGAGACCAGGGGAGUCCGGCGUUGCAGCCAUGUCAGACACACCUCUGCAGAGGAACGGCACCGCGACGGCACCGAUGUCGUGUGAGGAGGCUCAGCUCCACAAAGAGAGGCUGCAGGCCUUGGCGGAGAAGCGAAAACGGCAAGCUGAAAUAGAAGACAAAAGAAGCCAGCUUGAUGACCUGGUGCUACAGCUACAACAUCUCAAGUCCAAAGCCAUGCGCGAGCGAUGGCUCCUCCAGGGAAUGGGUGUGGAGGAAGAGGAGGCACGGCGGAAACAGCUGGAGCAGGAUGAAGAACAAGGGAAGAGUCUGGAGGACAUGAUACAUAGGCUGGAGUCUGAAAUCGGCGCACUUGAAAGUGAAGAGUCUCAGAUCUCAGCCAAAGAGCAGGUUCUACGAGAACGCCUGAAAGAGACAGAGCGUUCAAUAGAAGACCUGCAGAAGAGUCUGAUGACCCAGGAUGGAGAUGCCACCUGCUGCAUGUCCACCCCCCUCUCAGACUGCACAGACCCUGAUCCCGACCACCUUGUCCUGGCCACGCAGCCCCGGACCGGCCCACCUGCCUCUGGUGAGCACGCCAUACCAAGACCCGCAAUGUUUGCCAUGGAGAUCAACGUGCAGCAUGACCCACAGACUGGCGAGCAGCGCAUCCUGUCAGCCAACCGCGUGAGCCCAUUGGAUGCGGCAUCACGUGGCGUCAAAGUUUAUGACGAUGGCAGAAAAGUGGUCUACGAAGUCACUUCCUCUGGGGGCGUGUCCACCACCACUGUGGAGAAUGGUUGGAGCUCUGCGCAGGUCGACCAGCUCAUCCAGCGCGCUGCUAGACCUGUUGUACGGGGAGGCGAUGGUGGGAGGGGUCAGGUGAUGAUGACCCCAGCUGCCCCGCAGGCCUACGUUUCCCCAGCUGAUGUUGAUGAUCUGUCCCCGCCCUCCUGUGCCCCACCAUCCAUCCCUUCAAGCCCUCCAGCCCAGGUCACCCUCCAGAGGGAGACCCGGCUGGGCAUGAUGCCCCCCUCUGCUCCUGUCACAACACAGCCCGGCUCCUCAGCCCACCUGGGCAACGAGCUCACCUCCCCACCUCAAGCCAGCACAGAGCACCCCAUCACCAUGGUGUUCCUUGGCUACCAGGACGUUGAGGACACGAGCGAGAGCAGGCGACUGCUGGGCUUUGACGGUGCCGUAAAGGCCGAGGUGGUUCUGAUUGAUGAAGACGACGAGAAAUCGCUGAGGGAAAAGACGGUCACUGAUCUAUCUGUCAUCGACGGCACGGCGGCUGACCUCGUGUCAGGGAGGCCAGCCACGUCCGAGGCCGCCAGCACGGAACUGUCAUCUGAUGGCCGUGAGCCCGACAGCACCUCUUCGCCCCCUGCGAAUACCGACGCCAACACGGCCCCCCCACCCGGCCUCACCCCUGCCACAGGCUACAGCCAAAAACCAGAGGUUGUCCUGACAACAGCAAAUGGCUAUCAAGCUCCCAUUCCAACCAGACAUCCUCACACUGCCAUGAAAUUGUGGCGGGCAGCCGAGGAUGUCAGUGACACAAUACCAAGAGAGCGAGCCCUGAAGAGCGUCAGUUUCCAGGAAUCGGUCAGCGUUAUCACUGACAGGCCUGCAACUAUGGAACUGGAGAGCCAGCAGAUCCAACAUGGCUGCCUCAGCAGCCCCAGUAACCGAGCCCACAGUGCAGCUGGUGUGAAAGUAGAGACUCCUGACAGUGAGGUGGUUCAGGAGAUCCGUUACCUGGACCAGGUGUUAGACGCAGCCUCUGAAACACCCACUAAUGGAAACUCUUCUCCACUGGAACACACAAAAGCAAUCAGCAUCGACGGAACCUCUCCCUCCAUCUGUGUGUCGGCAUCCUCUCCUGUCAAUCACCAGCCGAUCAUCGUGGAGGGGCAAAGACAAACGACAUUCGUUCACCAAGAGGACUCUGCUUUGAGAACCAAUGGGCAUGUGCAAGGGGAGGAGACGGGGCGCAGCAGGGCGAAGUUUGAGCUGAGAGCGUUUCACGAGGAGAGGCGACCAGCAAAACUCUUCUCCCCUGGAGAGGAGCAGAAGGUCAGGGUGACGAGGAGACGACCCUCAGAGGAGGUUCAGGAGUUGGAGCGUGAGCGCCAGGAGCUGAUCAGAGACCAGGCGGUGAAGAAAAACCCUGGGAUCGCCCAGCGCUGGUGGAACCCUCCUCAGGAGGUUCCUUUAGAAGAACAGCUGGAUGCAGAGCAGCUUGAGUCUCUCAAGAAAUACCAGGAGAGAAAACAGCAGAGACAGAAUCAUUCUUAUACACACACACAGUCCCAGAUGUCAGGUCCUCCCACAAUGGUGACCUUUGACCCAGAGCUAACCAGGAGUGAGGACAUUGUGGAGAAGCAGAUCGACUUCUCGUCUGCCAGGAAGCAGUUUCUGCAAGGGGAGGCGACCAAGAAGGACGUAGCUCCUCAGAUAUACUCUGCCAAACCCUUUUCAAAAUCCAGGGCCAGCCAGGGGAGCAGUGACAUUGUUGCAGAAACUGGAGAGAGUCACGUGACCUGGUCCGAUGAGGGAAUUGCAGGAGAAUUCACGUGUGCACGAGCUGUAAUGACAAUCCUGCGUGAGGAGGAGGAAGGGAAGGGUCAUUUCCACCCAUCCUUUCACCCAGAAGAGUCUGACUCAGGAUUGGACGAGUUAUCUGUCCGCUCUCAGGACACUACACUGUUUAGCUUGGAUAAUGUUUCCGAUAGUGGGGCUUCGCUACCCCCUACCCCACUGCCACUUACCCCAGUGUCACCUCCUACCCCUCAGCCCACCACGCCAGUCAACGGGCAGACCAGUGGCAGUCCAACAGAAGAUGAGCUGGAGUACCACGCCGGGGUACUUGUCCAAAAUGCCAUCCAAAAUGCCCUGGCAGCUCAGAAUGGAGGAGACUGGCAGCCAUCUGAUUUGAAUUCUUCACAGCUCAGUGCCCCCGUGUCUCCAUCCUCAGUUUCUACAAGUAGCCCAGUGCCAGUUUCUUUCUCCCCUGUGUCUUCUGGUGGAGCUCCAAGUCUCCAAUCACCUAUCUCCAGUCCUGCUCUAUCCAACCCGUCCCCUCAGCCAGAAAGGCAGCCAGAGGUAAGAGUUGUUUUCCGAGAGAAGCCCUCAGAAUCGCAACAGGCUCCGCCGCAGCAACGGGCCUCUAGCCCAGCACAGCAACCACAGCUGGAAACGCCCUCUCCGCCACCUUCUCAGCCAGUCUCGCCACCACAGAGACCCAAAGAGGGAGGCCCCAGGAUCAAAAUCCAAUCCUCUUACGCCAGAGCGCUCGCAUCCUCAACCCCAGCUCCGCCUCCAGCACCAGCUCCUGCCUCAGCAGCUCCUGUCCCCAGGCCAACUCCAGUGUACCGUCCCCCCUCUCCUCCAAGCCCGGAGAAACAGGAGUUCAGCUACUUCAGCAAAUACUCAGAGGCAGCUGAACUGCGUAGCACAGCAGCAGCAACACGAGGCCCUGAGGUGGAGGCAGCCAGCGGCCCGUUCCGCCUGCGCUCCAAGAAGCAGCGAACUUUGUCCAUGAUCGAGGAGGAGAUCCGAGCAGCUCAGCAGAGGGAGGAAGAGCUGAAGAAACAGAGGGAAGCACAGCCUGUUGUUAUUGUCCGCCCCAGCAGCACUUCCGGCAGCGGUCAUGGGCCUGUGAGGACUGGGAUGCGGCAAACCACCAUUUCCCCAGCAGAUAAGAUGAAAAGUAACAGCCUGCCAACUAGACUGUCACUGACAGCGAGGACAGCACCAGGAAAGAUCGAGAAGAUUCGACCUGCGCCGCCCGUGUCACCCUCGCCCUCAGAAGGAGCCCUGUCCGAUGCCGGCAGCGAGGACUCUGGAGGAUCACGACCCAAAAACUUCAUGCAGACACUUAUGGAAGACUAUGAAACACACAAGGUGAAGAGGAGGGAGAAAAUGGAGGACAACAGUUAUGCCCGUUUGUUGCUGGCUAACGAGGUAACCACUGAGGUUCUGGAGGCCACUCGGGUCACCAGGAGGAAAAGCGACAUGGCACUGAAGUGGGAGGCCGGUAUCUACGCCAAUGAGGAAGGAGAGGAAGAGGAGGAAGAGAGGAGGAGGAGGAGGAGGAGGAAGAGGAGGAGGAGGAGUAAACAACUCCUUUCAGAGACAGUUAAGGGACUGAGUUGAAAGGAGGAGAAAGAGGAAGAUGGAGAGACUGAAAGAGAAAGGACAAAGAAAGGAAGCAGUAUUUAUUUUACUCAUAGUAUUCUGAUGAUCACAUGACCCAUGGGGCUCAUCGAGGAGAUGUAUCAAGUUAUGAUUUUUGGACCUGAGGAUUGAAGUUGGAACAGCAUGUUAAAAGACUGAGUAUGUGAGAGACAUUUGAAGUGUUGUGGUGAGUUUGAAGAAAGAGAUGCAAGAGACACUUUGAAAGGGUUUUAUGGUGGUUCAGGAGCAGUAAGCAGAAGUUUAUUUGGGAUCGAAGGUUUUUUCUAGUUGGUAGACGCUGAAUGACUUAAAUAUUCAUAGGACUUUUUCAUUUAUCUGCAAUUUUAUUGUUGAAAUAUGGGCUGAGAUCUAAAGAUUUUAUUUCAAGAGACUUGAAGAUGAUGGUUUUAGAAAUGUGCGCUUGAUAAGAGACAUCUUCAAAAUGUGUGGGAAGGGUUUUAUUACCAACAGGGAGAAGAAAAAAAAAGACAAAAGCAAAAGACAAGCAGGUAUACGCAGAGUGUAUAUCAAAAAAGGAGAAAGAGUGGGGCCUAAUCACAUGCUCAGAUGCUGUAAUUUUGAAAUAAUCUUUACCUGACUUUGAUGAUGCUGCAGGGAGGCAGUGAUGUUUUCCAGGAUUUCAGCCGAACGGGACCCAAGGCGUCACCAUCAAAACCCGUAGAAUUUUUUUCUUCUACAUCCUGCAGUGCCACAGUACACCACUGUACAGACAUAACACACAGACAACAUGUUGGUGGGAGCUUUGGCAUUCCUUUCAAGCAUCCAUAUUAAAAUCUUAAGUGCCGACUCGAGGGUCAGCCUCCUUGAAUCGUUAAAUGCUAGUGAGGAAAUCCGCAAAACUAGCAUCAUGGCGCAACUUUGCCUUAGACCUGUCAGUAGUUGUUGAAUGCACGAUAUGUAUGACGUAUUUUAUCUUCUCCUAUCCUGUAUUACUACGGUUGCAGUAGACCUUAGAGAAAAUAAGCAACCACAUUAAAUAGUCUGUCUACAAAACACUAUUCUUCAGAGAUCUAUAAAUCUAUAAAGUGCAGACAGGAGGAGAGAGGUGGGGGAGACUGCAGGUCAUGUUUGUCGUGUUGCUUCAGUCAGUGUGUGUAUUAAUGAAAGGGCUGGGGUGGGGGUUUUAUAUUCUAAAAAUCACUUAUUUUAUCUUUGCUGGCUACGCAGCUUUGUUGACCUGUGCUUUCUGAUGUAAGCAGUUGUUUCAUGUAUUAUACUGAGGUAGGACUGUGUAUUUGAUAUAUGAACAUGUACUAUGUUGAGAUUCCAGUGGGGCAACUGCCGUCUAUCUACUAUACCUUGCUAGCUGAGGAUAAAGUUUGAUGAAAAAUAUUGAAAAAGCUUUUUAUAAAAAAAAGUUGUUAUACCAAAACAGAAUGUUGUUAUUUAGAGAAAACUUUCAGCCUAAGCUCUUAAGUCUGUUUUAAAAAAGUACUGAUUGUGUGCAUGGCAUCACACUCCUUUCCUAACCUGAAACAAGCACACAACAAGCAGCAAAAAAAGAAGGCAACUGACUAUCAGUAACAGCAAGCUGAACAGACUUCUGUUCACCUUUAUGUCACUAACAUACUGUAAGUUGGCGUCGUCAGAUGUUUUUACUGGAUAUAUUGUGAGCUUUGAUUUUGCAGGAUGAUGUGAUUUUUCUGUUUUGUUAAAUGGAUGAAAAAAUACAGCAGUACAGGCAUCUGUGAGUUUAAUGAUACUGUGGACUGUCCAGGUGUUGACAACAAGGUUCAGCUUCAAAAUUAAAACACUUAACACACUGCAAACACAAUCAGAGUAAAUCCUAGGGGGCCUACAGGACUGUCUUGAGAUGGGAAUUAAAAGUAGAAAUGUGUGAGCAUGGCUGUAGAUACAGUAUUUCUGAACCACUUUAACUGAGAAGUAGCGAAAUGAUUCUACUUUUCAGUCUUUAUUUUGAAGCCUUAGAGAUUUUCUUUCAGCAUUAGGAUAUCAGUUUUUUUUUCUGUAAACCAAAGGUUACAGUUCUCAUCACCAGUGUGUCCUGUCCAAGUGUCCUUUAGCAAGGUACUGACCUCCCAGUUUUCUCACACUGAAUAAAAUCCUCAGAUAAAUGCCUGAAAUAUAAAUAUACACUGAGGUAAACUCUCACAAUGGAAAAAAAUUACAGAACACUAGAUACUAACCCUUGACAAUGAUGAAUCUGUAUUGUAUUUAUUGGGACAGCCCCAGCAUGACUUCAAACUCCUCUCGGCGAAUUGUCUGACUCAGCUGUCUGGUUAACAUGCUCUCUGUAGGAAGUGUAAUGCCAGCAACUCCACCAACCAGAGGUGAAAACCAAGGACUUCUGCCUCUGUGAUGUACCCAUUUCCCCCUGAAACAAAAAAAAAAACCUCACAUUAGUUCAAGAGAAUCCUAGUUGUUCCCGGUUUUUUUUUUUUUGUUGUUGUUGUUUUUUUACACUUUUAAUAAUAUAUAAAAUGAAAAAAAGUAUUUAAAGGCCUAGUGCCCCUUUUUAUGAGAGACAGAAGUGUCAUUGAUACAACAGAUGCAACAGAGGUACAGUGUCGCUGAUGCUGAUUUGAGAUUAACUUUGCUACAAAAUUUAAAGGGACAAAUGAAAAAGUCAGUUGGGCUCACAAACAGUGACAGGACGACAAAAGCUUUUUCUAGACGUCACCAACAUAAUUCAAGUUGUCAGACAAUACUAAAAGCACUUGUUAUACUGGGUAUAUAUAUGAGAUUGUAGUGAAGACAUGAGCUUCAACAGACCUUUUUUCAGGAUGAAUAACUGAUACAGAUCCUUUGUGAUGAUUGUUUUCCAGUGGCCUAUUCUGGAUGCCAGUUGAGCACCCACUUAGCUUUAUUCACAGCACAAUUUGAGUUUUAAUUAACAGAAGCAAAAACGCUUUUCUCUAGUUUACUGUAGCUGCAGCAUCACAUAACAUGUUAAACUGUGUUAUUACACACAAACACACGCUGUCCUCAUUUCUGCUUCAAAGGACACAAUCAAACCCCCAAAACCUGUUGGAGUUCUCAUUAAAUAACACUUUUGAAAAGGUAACAGACAUCAUGCACACUCAGAGGAGUUAUAAUUGUGUGAUUUAUGAUUAUUAUUAUUAUGCUUUUGCUGUUUGAAUUCAUGGUGCAGAGAUGAUUUAUUUAUCAUUUUAAAUGCUGGUAGCUUGUUUUCACCUCACAGAAGCACCAGAGCUUCAGUGUGGGGGACUCACACUGUGUAUGUGUGUGACAAAGCAACCUUACCAUACAGUAUAUAACCUUUGUCCCUAUGUUAACCACUUGUAUGCUCAUACUCUGCUUUGUUAUUUUAUAGCACAUGUAAGGCUCACAAUUAUACACCUACUAUACAUAUUAUGAAUAUUUUCUCAUUAAAAACAAAACAUGUA